AUGUCCACAACCGCUUCGAGUCCACGCCUCCCGGGCCCAACAGAGGCCUCUCCGCUGCUUAGAGCACGCUAUUCGACAGGAUACAACGAUCCAAUUCCAAUAUCACCUAGUCCGAAUGCCGGAACCAGCUCAUGGGCGCAGUACACAUCAUUACCCGCAUUGGCUUCCGCUGGAGCAAUUGAAAUGGUCGUCGAAAUGCCAUCCCUCAUGAGUUUUAUCAGCCUUUUACCACCGCCAAGAGAGAUGACUUAUGAAAGCAUGGAGCGCGUGUUGCCUGCGGGUCUUAGCCCGGCCGUCAAUGCUUCUCGCCCUGCGCAGCAGUCUGCCAUUAGCCCACGCAAGACCGCUUUCUUGCUCGCCUCACUCCUCUGGUUGUAUCUCCAUCCGACUUCAACCUCUGUGCCUCGUGAUGCGCAUGGAGAACACAGUGCUACUGGGACUUGGGAUCUGUGGAGGCGCGUCGAGGAUGAACUCAGGGGCAGACGGGUACUUAUAGGACUUAUUAUGACAAUAUGGGGUACAUUUGCAAACGAAGGGGACGGCCGAAACGCUGGAUCUGUUGAAGAGGUGUUAUGGACCGAAAUUCCAAUGGAGGACACGGGUAGAGAGACCGUUCGUGUCAUCGACUUAGCCUCCGCUGAGGACGCUCCUGUCUGGUUUCUGUCUCAUCCUUUGGUGAUGAUUUCCUUGCGAACGACGUGGUCUCGAGGAAUACCUACACCAGUAGUCCGUCAAGGCGUUUGGGUUGCGUUCGAUAGGUUCUCUACACCAAGGGUCACGCACGCAAUCUUCCUCGGCCAUUAUCUGUUCUAUCUUUAUCAGCUUUCCUACCUAAUUCUCUCUCCACCAGCAUCGCCUAUUUAUCUCCUUCCGAGCCGCCCACCUUCGUAUCGGGAGUACUAUCUUCUGGUCUAUUCUCUCUCGGCCGUUCCACUCAAUCAGCCGCCCACGUUGUCUCUUCUACCAUUCGCAUUCGUCGCAUUGGCUCUCGUCCUCGCGUAUCCUGGAGUACCAACUCCAAAUACGAGUACCCACAGUCUCUUGCUACUCUCACUGUCCUUGCUCCUACUCCAAUUACACCUCCCGAACCCAUCCUAUAUCCCGACACCCCUCUAUCUGUUCGAGCCGAAACGGGUGCUCCCAUUAGCGACACUAGUGAAAGGAUUAUUGAAGCGCGCGGUGCGACCAGGCAUGUUCUUCUUCGCACCCGUGGUCCUCUUGGUGGGCAUCGUCCUCGCUCAAGCACUUGGGGACAGCUUCCCCUUGUUUGACUUGCCAAGCCUACUGCUCGAUCGCUUCCUCACUUGGCUGGGAGAACCGGCUAGAGGUGGAACCGUCGAAAUACAGACACAGAGCUCUCUGACUGUGACAGGGCCGUCCCAUCCUCAGACGCGAAUCACGCUUCUGCUCUUAUUUUUGGCAUCGCUAGGAGCCAUGUUUACACUGGUCAACUCGUUGAUCAUGCUAUUCCCGGGAAGCGUGAGCUCAAAGGGAGCGCUCGAACCUCGAGAUGAGUACGAAGCAUACCUUGUUCAGGCGAGGCGGGAGGAACAGUCAAGAGGUCGGGCCAAUGCAAACCCGGGAGGGAAUGGAAAGAAUGUAAGCGACGACUGGCGAGCACCGAGCGAAGCCAUGACCAUUCUCGACGACCGAAGUCGCGUCAUCAGCAUUGGUGCAGCCACUUCAAGUGGCGGUGGACCCUGGGAGCGAUAUGGACCGGCCACCGCAACCUCAGCAAAGAGAAGCUUUGUUGGUGUUAUCCGGCGCUACCAACAUCUGCGCCUUUUGUCCCUACUCGAGCCUUCUUCGAAUGGUCCAUACCCUACUCACGCAAGAAUAUUGCGCAAACCGUGUGGUCGGGUUGUUCUGCCACCUUGUUUCAACUUGCUGGCUUGGCUUGUCGGGAGCCUGCCUGCCCUCUUGAUUAGGUGGACGAUGAGUUCACCCAGCGUUUCGGAAUCAGGGGCUCACUCUACAUCGAUCACUGCCAUUCCAGAGGAGAGCGCCGACGCCGAAGCUCAAGCCGACACCCAUGAAGGGAAUCAUUUCCACCAAAUCCGUCGAGGUGACCGCCUGCAUGCCAAAGCAGAAAUAUGGGAAGGUAUGGUGACGAGACUGGUCUGGAGGGUCACUGUCGGGCUUCCAGGACUGCUGUUAGGAGGUGUCUGGAUUUGGAAAUAA